AUGUUCCCGGUGGUGAAGGAGGGCUACCUGAUGAAGCAGACACGUAGCUUCCAGCGCUGGCAGCGCCGCUACUUCCGGCUGCGCGGCCGCACGCUCUACUACGCUAAAGAAAAGGAAAGUCAACUGUGGGACGAGUUCGAGCUGGAGGACGCCACUUUCGCGGAGUGCAGCAUUAACAACGCCAACCAUAGCUUCCAAGUGAUAACAGCGCGACGCAGCGUGGUGCUGUGUGCGGAGAGCCGCGGCGACAUGGAGGCGUGGGCUGGGGCACUACGCGGGGCGUUGCACCGCGAAAGUACCGAUUCUACUGGCAAUCCGAAACGGUAUCUUUUUGUAAUCUCUCGUCAUUAA